AUGAGCGUACGCGUUGUUGCGAGGAUUCGUCCUCUGUUGAAGCAGGAAAUCGACAAGGACACCAUUGUCACGGCCGAGACGCUCGACGGCGAGACAACACCCUCGGUUGUGCGCAUCCCCAGUCCCAAGAACGAGGCCGAGUCCUUCAGCUUCCAGUUCAGCUCUGUAUACGAACAGGACGCGUCGCAGCAGCAAUUGUUCGAUGCUGAGAUUGCGCCUACGGUAAAGCAUUUGUUCAAUGGCUUUGACCUAUCUAUAUUCGCCCAUGGCUGCACUGGUACCGGAAAAACGCACACGAUGCGGGGUGGAAAGUCCUUGGCCGAGCGAGGUGUCAUCCCCCGCCUACUGAGCGCCAUCUACCGACGAAGUAAGAAGAUCGAAAAGGAUUCAGAAGGUGCCGUUCAAGUCGAAGUUGCUCUGGAGUACUUUGAAAUCUACUGCGACCGCGUAUACGAUCUCUUCGAACCGCCAGAGAAGCGCACCCCAUCCGGCCUGCCAAUUCGUGACAACAAAGGCAAGACGGUUGUCGUCGGCCUGACUGAGAAGCCAUGCCCCACAUUGAAAGAGUUCGAGCAGCUCUAUGACCAGGCAAACAUGAACAGGUCAACAUCUUCUACCAAGCUCAACGCCCAUUCUUCCAGGUCACACGCUGUGCUUUGCGUCAAGAUUACCCAAACAACCGAGGAAACUGUCCGCGUCAGUCGUGUAUCCUGCAUUGAUCUUGCAGGAUCGGAAGACAACCGUCGAACUGAAAACAACAAGGAGCGCCUCGUCGAGAGCUCUGCUAUCAACAAAUCGCUAUUCGUACUCGCACAAUGUGUCGAAGCCAUGAACAAGAAGGCCAGCCGGAUACCCUACCGUGAAUCCAAGAUGACACGAAUCUUGUCGCUAGGGCAGAACAAGGGCCUCACUGUCAUGAUUCUCAACCUCGCUCCCGUUCGCGCAUACCACCUCGACACAAUAAGUUCCUUGAACUUUGCAAGCCGGACCAAGAAGAUUGAGAUUGCAGAGGUGGAGAAUGAUCCAAUGUACAGGACGGCGGUCAAGCCUUUGGCAGCAACGAGCAGCGUUGGUGGAGCGACUAUGGCGCGACAACCACUACGACCCCUGGCGGCGGUCGCCAAUGCCAAUCUCGCCGAUGCAGAGAAGAAGAAGGGGGAAAAGCCCGUUAAGGCUUUCUCCGUAUAUUCUGAUACUCGCAAACCUGCUCCUCGUGUUCCUAAUACUACACAGAACACGGGCAUUCGACGGGCGGAACCUCCUAAACGGGCAGCUGAACCCAGUAGUAGCACAUUCGGGUUACGGCCGACCAAAACGUAUCGAGCGGCGGAUAACACCUCGCGGAUACCGGGACGAGAGCCAGUUUUGACAAAAGCGUCAAUCGAAGCCCUUAUUGCACAAAAGGUGGACGAGAGACUUGCGGAAAAGGCGCUGCAAGAUGCUGGUAAUACUGCUCCAGCACUACCAGCCGAGUUGCAGAAGCGAUUAGACGAGCUCGAGCAUCGUAUUAACGCCACAGAGGAGGAUGGCAAGUCGCAAGGCCUGCAAUUCUUACUAAUGGCAAAGCAACAUCACAUCCGUGGUGAGGACGCAAGUGCACUGAGAAUGUACCAACUAGCGCAGCCAUUCUUCCCGGACAACGCAAAGCUGGAAUCCAAGAUGAAAACUCUUGGAGAGCGGGUACGAGCAAAGAGGGAGGAAAACACGACUGCCACCAGGCACGUCUCAGCCCCCGUCUCAGCCUCUGUUCCAGCCGCCGACCCCGUAGACCUACCGUCCCACACCAUCGCACCAACAUCGAGCCUCCUCAUGGCCCCUUUGAAGGCGCCAAAACCCAAGCCCAAGCCCAAGCCGAAGUGGGCCACCAAGACCGAAGCCAAAGACGACUCCGAAGACGACGAAGAAUUCGCCCCGCCCCCGCCCUCCGACCACGAAGACGACUACGCCUCCGACGAUAGCAUCCAAUACAAGCCCAAGGCCGCCGCCCGCAAACCCAAGAAGACCACCAAGAAACUGCCCAUCUUCCGUGACGCCGCCACCACGCCUACCAAGACUACCGCUACUACGACCGUUAACCCCGCCGAACAAACUCCCCGAACGUCCCAGCUCCUCAAGAUUAUCAACUCCCGCGAUGUCAUCAAGAUCAAGGCGCUCAAAGGUGUCGGUGCGAAGAAGGCUGAUAGUAUUGUAAACUGCCUCAUGGAAAUGGACGACGCUGAGAUCAUGGACUUGGAAUCGUUGGCUAUGCUCAAGGGUGUUGGAGGCAAGACAGUGGAGAAUAUGCGGUUGGGGUUAGGGUUGGGGUUGGGGUUGAGUGUUGAUUAUGACUUUUGA